GUGACUCUCCCCUCCCUCAGCUACGACUUCCUCAACACCGCUCAACUACGGCCUCUCGGUCAGUCUAUCUAUUCGAGAUGCUGUCACGAGCUGUGAGACCAGCUCUCGGCGCUGGCAAUGCCGCACUCGCCAGAACGGUCGUGCCUCAAGCUGCGGGCUAUGCCACUCUGCGAGAAAUUGAGGGCCGCCUCAAGUCCAUCCGCAACAUCGAAAAGAUCACAAAGACCAUGAAAAUUGUUGCUUCAACAAAGCUCACUCGGGCUCAGAAAGCCAUGCGCGAUUCCAGAUCCUACGGUCAGACGUCCAACAAAGUUUUCGAAGAAGCCGAGACAAAGCCAUUGGAAGAGAAGAAGACGCUUUUGGUUGUUGCAAGCUCCGACAAAGGCCUUUGUGGUGGUAUCCAUUCCGGUCUGACACGUACAGCCCGCCGAAUGCUUGAAGCGGAUUCAAACCUGGACAUUGCCAUCAUCGGUGAAAAGAGCAAGGCUCAGCUUAGUCGUUCCAACGCCAGGAAUGUGGUCUUGAGUUUCGCGGGCGUCGGAAGGGACGUCCCAAGCUUUGCUGACGCUCAGGCUAUUGCGGACCAACUUUGCCUGCUUCCCGAGGAAUACGCAAGCAUUAAAAUCCUCUACAACAAGUUCAUCAACGCAACGUCCUACGAACCAGUCACCAUCGAGGCAUACUCUGAGGAGGCUAUCACUCAGUCACCAAACUUCGCAGCUUUCGAGAUUGACGACGAAGUCCUUGCUAACCUUCGCGAGUACACUCUUGCCAACUCUCUGUACUGGGCUCUUGCUGAGGGACAUGCUUGUGAGCAAUCUGCCAGACAGAAUGCCAUGGAUAACGCUUCCAAGAACGCUGGCGACAUGAUCGGCAAGUACACCAUCUUGUACAACAGAACCCGACAAGCUGUCAUUACAGGAGAAUUGGUUGAGAUCAUUACAGGUGCUGUUGCAUCGGAGGAUAUGUAGGUGUUGUUUUAGAUGUACAUAAAAGCCGCGAACCAGUUUCGUUGAUCAGCUAAGGCUCAGAGGCCGCUCAAAUCAAGUUUUCGUUGUCUGA